AUAUUUUUUUUGCUUCUUAAGGAGUGUACGUUUUUGACAGUGCAGUUAACGCUGGAUACUGGUCACAUUUCACCUUAAUGUGUUAUGUAUGCUAAUAAGUGAUAGCGCGAGUGUAAAUUUUACGUUGUCGUUGAGUAGCCUUGUUGUGUGUGUUUGUAAUGACACAUUAGAAUAGCCCUGUGUAAGUGUAACUUUUUUUGUCCCUACUAAUAAAAGAGAAUCUAGAGUGCUAUUUCUCCAUGGGUGUUUUCUGUCGGCUAAAAGGAUCGCCCCAAACUGUUUCAUCAUGUCAGGAAGUUUCUACUUUGUUAUGGUUGGUCAUCAUGAUAACCCCGUGUUUGAAAUGGAAUUUCUUCCAGCAGGUAAAGCAGAGUCAAAGCAGGAUGAUCAUCGGCAUCUGAAUCAGUUCAUAGCACAUGCUGCUCUAGACCUGGUUGACGAGAACAUGUGGCUAUCCAACAACAUGUAUUUAAAAACUGUGGACAAGUUUAAUGAAUGGUUUGUCUCUGCUUUUGUGACUGCUGGACAUAUUAGAUUUAUUAUGCUUCAUGAUGUAAGACAAGAAGAUGGGAUAAAGAAUUUUUUUAAUGAAGUCUACGAUUUGUAUAUAAAGUUUGCAAUGAACCCAUUCUUUGAACCAAAUUCUCCAAUUAGGUCAACAGCGUUUGAUAGAAAAGUCCAGUUUCUUGGAAAGAAACACCUCCUGAGUUAAUUACGCUGUACUGUCUCAAGAGGAGAUUUAUGGUUUGUUUUGGAGUUUGAUAAUAUUUUCCUGUAUAAUAUUUAUGUUUUGAAUUGGAAUGUCUUGCAACAUUUGGAUCGUUCAUUAGGCAUUCUAAUGUUGUGUAAAAUGUAAAACAUUAUGUCAUUACAGAACACAUUGGUUUACUUUGAGUUCCAUUCAUGUAAGGCAGUGACACAGUGAUUUGAUAUGCUGUGCUUGUAGUAUAGGCCAUAGAAGAACACAAGGAUUAAUACUAAGAGAGGCAGGCAGGAUGGAUAGCGUAUUGGACUUUAAAGCACAAGGUGGCUGCAUCGAUUCCCAACCUACAGCUCACCACACGAACCUGAGUAGGUCGCUUCACCUGCCUGUGCUCUGUUGUAAAAAAGAAAAAAAGUGAUGUGUUCUGUGCUUAGACUUCAGGCAUAAAAUAUUAUAAUCUGUGCCAUUGUGUUGCAGGUAGACCAAUUGUGCAAAAGAAGAAAAAAAUCAUUAUCGCUGUGGAGCAAAAUCCACUGGAGGGAUUCUGCUCAAAAUCAAUUAACGUCCAGCAUUUUACACUGCUAAUAAAUGUGCCCAACUGGGCGGUUUGCUUUUUAGUUAUCAUGUCCACAGACUCAUCCUGAAAUAUCGACUGCCAUUUAUGUUCAGCACUGCCUGAAAUAUGUUAAAUCAUUUUAACAUUAAAGUUGUGACUCUGACCUUGACACAAUGCUUCUACUGUAACCAUUUAUACUGCAUUAUAAACCUGUAAGCCUCUUUGGAUAAAGGCAUCAGCCACAUAUUUAAUAAUUGUUUAGAUUUCAGUUUUAUAACCCUUUCUUUUUUAAAACAAUAUGAACCAUUUGUUGAAUUCCCGGGUAGUGGCGAAAGAAAAUUACAAACUCUGUUUGAGUUAUGAUUUUUAGGCCUACAUUGUGCUCAGAUUUCCCCAAGUAUCUGUGAUUUUGGUAAUGUCUUGUAUAUAAGGACCAAAGAGUUCAACUUUUAGGUUAAGUCACUAAGUUUUUUUGGAACCAGAGUCUCAGCUGCCAGGAAAAAGAUUUAAGGAGUUGCAGAGAGCUCCAUCUGAAGUUACCAAGAGUAUCUAUUGGUGUACAUCGAGAGAAAAGCCGAGGUGAAAAGAGCCGCCUUGAUCCUCAUCGAGCAGAAUCAGCGAAUGGAGGCACAAGGGGGGUCUCUGGCUGACAGCUACAUAUGCGGCCUGACACUGUCAGGUGUGACUAGAAGCCAUGCGUUCGGACCCCAGAGGGUCACUUUAAGUUAACAGGAUCAAAGCCUGAGUAUUGGUGGUACCCAAGACAGUUAGGGCUGAGCUAAUCAUCUCAGUCCAUGGAGGAGCACGGGCUUUCAUUCUGGCCAGUCGCUUCUUUUAUCUGGACUCCCAUUUUCAUUAAAUAUACUGUUAUUGGUGGGUUUCCAUUUUUAUAAUGUCAGUCAGAAGCUGCAUGGCAGGGCUAAUGCACUCUUUAAAGUAUGACUGAGCUUUACUUUAUUUCUUUUAAAAUAUUUGGGUUAUUUUAGCAGUUUCUUGAAAGUUGGAAUAAGACUGCAGUGUCAUCUCUUUGUUACUGCAGCUGACACCGAAUGUGUUUAAUGAUUAUAACUUUGCACAUCUAACUGGCCUAUUCCUGCUGUUUUUCUGUAGUCCAGACAACAAUACAAAGUGAUUUUUUGCCAUUUUAUGUCACUUUUUAUCAUUCAGUUUGCACACCUUAUGGUAACCAACUAAUGACAAGUGAAGAAACAAACAAUAAAAGCGAAAGAUAAGCAGCAUGUCAGUAACAUUUCCACGUAUGAAAUCACUACAAGGCAGCUACCUGAAUAACCAAGGUCUGUCUAAAAAGAACUAAACUUCAAGAUCUGGAAAACUUUUUAUUUAUUUUAAAGAUAUAUAAACAAUGGUUGGAGUUUCUGCAAUAAUACAAUAGAUUUAAACAAGUAGAUAGUUGCAAUAAAUGCCCUCCAUGGACUGAAUUGCCUUCAUAGUAUUAAAGCAGGUUGUUUCAGAUAGCAAUAAUAUGACGGUGAGCUCAGUCUGUGUUAGCCCUAACUGGCUUUGUUCUUUUGUGAGCAUUCCGUAGUUAAACUUGACGGGGAUGAGGCCUGCCUCCGAGGAAGAGAGACACAGUACGGCUGAAAAUGUGUGGCUUUGCAAAAGAGAAAGGGGGUGCAUAGACAGGGGCUGCAAAGGUGAAACUUUCAGUUACAGAGUUCUGACUCAAUGGAUCAUGGAAAAGCUUGUGACACGGACUAGUGGUUCACGUUGUUUUGUCAGCCAAUAACACCGGAAAGACGUUGAACCAUUGCUUAGUUCUUUAACAGUCAAGAUUUAAUGUUUUAUGUUUAUUUUUUUUAUUUCUUUUUUGCUUGUCUCUUAUAAAUCUACUUUGAUGUUCUAAUUUCUGUAUAUCCUGUAUAUUGUUUGUGUUACUUAAUAAAUUAUUGUUCCUUGAAAUCA